AAAUGGCUCAUCACCUUGGAUACCAACGUUUUACAUCAGAGAUUGAUCACUCCUGCUGCUAUCAGCACUGUAAAUACUGCUGGGGGGGAGUCAGCCCGAGUCCCCACCCCUAGCCAGGUGUCACAGAGGGGAUCGGCCUUCAGGCUCAGAGGGGCCCGCCUGUCACCACAAGCCCAACCGUAGCUGAGGGGCUGCAGAACUCAAGAUUCCAUCCUGUUUCUCCUGGCUGAGGAAGGGAAGGGAACGGCGCAUCUUCUGUACUCCUCCAUUCUGUGUCUCCGGGGCCUGGAGUCAAGACACCCUCAAAUGCAGAGGCUCUUCAGACACAGCUUUUCUGGAAACUAAUCUUCAGUGCACUAAGAGAGGAGAAACCAAAAAUGACCUGGAGGCACCAUGUCAGGCUUCUGUUUAUGAUCAGUUUCGCAUUAUGGAUCAUCAACUUGGGAAACAGCUAUCAAAUAGAGCAACAUCACGGCGGUAGAGGGGAAGUCACCAAGGCUGCGGCCCUGAAGCAGCAACAGACACCGCUCAACUGGACCUCGGGUCAUGUCGGGGAGGUGACUGGGAGCGAGGACGGCUGGAGGCCGGGGGAGCGGUUCCCCUACACCGGAGCUUUCCGAGAGGGUGCGCCCGGGAGGCCACGCUGCUGCCGGAACGGCGGCACCUGCGUGCUGGGCAGCUUCUGCGUGUGCCCGGCCCACUUCACCGGCCGCUAUUGCGAGCACGACCAGAGGCGCAGUGAAUGCGGCUCCCUGGGACACGGAGCCUGGACCCUCCGCGGCUGCCACCUCUGCAGGUGCGUCUUCGGGGCCCUGCACUGCCUCCCCCUCCAGACGCCUGGCCACUGUGACCCGAAAUACUUCCUGGCCUCCCGCGCUCACGGGCCGAGCGCCGGGGGCGCACCCAGCCUGCUGCUCCUGCUGCCCUGCGCGCUCCUGCACCGCUUCCUGCGCGGGGAUGCGCCCGCGCGCCCUCCUCCGCCCCUCGUCCCCUCCGUCCCCCAGCGGGAGCCGCGCCCCUUCAGAAGGCCGGGAUGUGGGCAUCGCCUUUCAUUUUCUAUGUUGUAAAAUAGAAGCACAGGGUGAAUAUUUUUAUUGGGUAAUAAACAUGUUCAUGAAAGCUCCUUUGGCUCCAGGUCCUUGGGGGAGGGACACGUGUGUCCACAGCACCGCUGUGACGGGUAGGUAGAGACAGCAGGGCAACAGCGGGAGAGCAGAACUGGAGCCAGAAAGCCUGGCGCCGCCUCCUCGGCAGCGUUAGCGCCUUCCUUUCGCAUGUCUGUUAAGUGGGAAACGAAGGCACAGGCAAGGCAGCGGAGUUCAGCCUAAAGCGGCGCCGGGCCAGCCUCCCCAGUCUCCUGAGCACCCCUUCUCAGGCCGCUGCCCGGUCUGAGGCUGUCGUGUCCACAGCCAGUCUAGGGGGGUGGGCGCAGCGAGCUCAAGACGCCAGGCCCGGUGACAGUACACAGGCUUGGCCACGCGGGAUGUGACCCCAGCAGCGCACACCUCGGGUACAGGACCCUUGCAUUGAGCUCUUCAGCUUUUAAAAUCCACUGUAGUUCACGAGCCUGCAUGAUACAAUUACUUUUACGUUUUAUAUUGUAGAUUAGUUUAUUGGCAUUUUCAAUCUUUUCAACUAUUUGCUUUGAAAAUAUGAAUUUAAUGUAACAUUCAAAUGAGUAUUAAAUAAAAAUAAAGUAGAACUUCA